CCGAUAGCAUCAUUCGACGUGGAGAAUAAAAAUAUACACCGUUGGCCGAGUAAAAUCAAUCUUGUUGUGCUCUUAAACCUACCUGUAUAUGCUAUCGACAUUUACACCACGUGUGAGUGCCAGCUCUAGAUCAUUAUUCCUCCAACACCACCAUCAUCAUCGAAUUCCCAUCACUACUACUAUUAGUACGAUUACUACAACCCGCCACUUCACCCUCAAUCAAAGACACUUCCAACCACCCAAUUCCAAUUCCAAUUCCAAUUCCAAGUUCAAAUCCAUCACUAUGCCAUUAAUCCCAUCCACCACCGCACUGGGCGGAAAACCACGAGUCAUACUGGGCCUCAUGACAUUCGGACCACCAGGCAGCGAAAGCAAAGGCGGACGCAUCACGGAUCUGGACACGUACAACUCUCAUCUCGACCACCUCCAAUCGCGAGGGUACAAUGAAGUCGACACGGCUCGAAUGUACAUCCAAGGCGACCAAGAAGGCUUUACACGCCAAGCACACUGGAAGGACCGUGGCUUGAAGCUCGCGACCAAAUGCUACCCGGUCAACCCGGGCGACCAUGCACCGGCCAAACUGCGUGCCACUUUUGAGACGAGUCUCAAGGAAUUAGGCACCGAUGCAGUGGAUAUUUUCUACCUGCAUGCUCCAGAUAGGAGUGUUCCGUUUGAGGAGACGUUGAAGGAAGCGAAUGAAUUGUUCAAGGAAGGCAAAUUUGUCGAGUUGGGUCUGAGUAAUUUCGCGGCUUGGGAAGUUGCAGAGGUUUGGAAUAUUGCUAAUGAAAGAGGUUGGGUCAAGCCCACAAUCUAUCAGGCCAUGUAUAAUGCCAUCACCAGGGAUAUUGAAAAGGAAUUGGUGCCGGCCUUGAGGAAAUAUAAGAUUGAUUUGGUGGUUUAUAAUCCGCUUGCCGGCGGUGUCUUCAGUGGCAAGUACAAAUCCAAGGCUGAGAUCCCUGACUCUGGUCGAUUUGCUACCACGAAUGAAAGACAAGGCAAAAUGUAUCGAGAUCGGUACUUCCACGACGAGACCUUUGAGGCCUUACAGCUGAUCGAACCCGUGGUGGCUAAACAUAACCUGACGCUGAUCGAGACAGCUCUUCGCUGGGUGCGCCAUCACUCGGUCCUCAAAUUGACCGAUGGUGGUAAUGACGGUAUCAUUAUCGGCGUCAGCAGUUUGAGUCAACUUGAGACUAACUUGACGGAUCUGGAAAAGGGCCCUUUGCCUGAUGAGGUUGUCGAGGUCUUGGAUCAAGCGUGGAAUACUCUCUUCAAGGGAAAAAGUCCUAGUUAUUGGCGAUGAUUGGGGGUUAGAUCCAGGUAUUGAUGAACAUCAAUUGGUUUGAGUUAAACUGAUGGUCCAAUAAAGAAGUGGGCGUCUAAGCAGAUACUCAGAUAUUUACAAAGAACAGUGGAUGCAAAGGCUAUGUACUCAAGCCCACCAUGGAGGUAGCAUAUGUAGCCUUGAUACAAUGGCAAGCUGGGAACAAGGAACAGGCUACUGUCUGCACGUGUGACCAAGCUACUCUAUCUCUUGAGAUACGCCGAAAAGUGCA